UUCUUUGAGUGGGGCAGGAGAUGCUUUAAGAAUAAGCUGGAAAUCAGCUUAAGCUGAAAGUUAUAAGCUAUAAGCUGUUUAGGCAUAAGCUAUAAGCACUUUCCCACAGCUCUACCAAACAGGACCAUUGUGAAUGAAAUUGGUGAAGAAAAUUUUGUUCAAGUGGAAACUGAUAGUGCAUUGGCGUAUGUGGGUGCCGGUAGAUUAUUGGAAGAGAAGAGGACUAAAUUGUUUUGGUCCCCAUGUGCGGCACAUUGCCUUGACUUAAUGUUGAGUGACAUAGGUGAGUUGACGGUUUUCAAAGAUACAAUAAUUAAAGCCAAGGAAAUCGCUGUGUACAUUUAUAGGCAUGCUUGGGUGCUUGAUUUGUUCAGAAAAUUUACAAAGAAUAGGGAGUUGACAAGACCCGCGGUUACUAGAUUUGCCGCCGCCUUCCUUACUUUAAAAAGUUUCCAAGAUAGAAAGCUCCAACUUAGAGCUAUGUUUGCAUCAGAAGAGUGGGCUAGAAGUAGCUAUUCUACAUCUGUUAAUGCAAAAAAGGCACAAGGAACAAUCUUGGGAGAUGCUAGAUUUUGGAAAGCAAUCAAGUAUUGCUUGAAGUGUGUGCUCCCUUUGGUGAAAAUUUUGAGGCUUGUGGAUGGUGAUGCAAAGCCGGCAAUGGGAUUUAUUUAUGAAGCUGUGGAUAGAGCGAAGGAAGAAAUUGCUUCAAACUUGAACCAUGUGCGAGGUAGAUAUAAGCGCAUUUGGGAAAUUAUUGAUACUAGAUGGAAUUUACAACUCCAUAGGCCUUUGCAUGCGGCGGCAUAUUACCUUAAUCCGAUGUUUCAUUAUCAAGAAAACUUCAAUGCGGAUACGGAGGUGAAAAUUGGUUUAUUUAAAACCAUUGAAAGGAUGUAUCCGGAUAUAGAGGAUAUAGUGAAGGUUGAUGAGCAAUUAGAAAAGUUCAAGAAGGCCGAGGGUAUGUUUGGUAUGACCAUGGCCAUCUUGACAAGGGAAAAGAAACAACCCGCUGUAUAGUGGGAAAGUUACGAAGAAGAGUGCAAAGAGCUUCAAAAGCUAGCUAUUAGAGUGCUAAGUCUUACUUGUAGUGCCACCGGGUGUGAGAGAAAUUGGAGCACUUUUGAUCAUGUGCACUCGAAGAAAAGAAACCGGUUGGAGCAACAACGGUUGAAUGCUUUGGUUUUUGUGAAGUAUAACAUUCAACUUGAGUUGAGGCAAAUUAAGAGACAAGAAAGGGGUGAGACUUAUGAUCCUAUUUAUUUAUCGGAUAUGGAAUCCGAUGAUGAAUGGAUUACCGAGAAAGAAGAUCCAUGUCUACCCGAAGAUCAUUCAUGGAUGGACAUCCAAGAGUGUUUCGAAGAUGAUGAAGGAACAACUAGCAAAAAGAGAAAAAGAGGACCAAGAAAUUUAAAUGCCAUCGAUAGAGGAAAAAGAAAAGUAUUUGAAGAUGAUGAUGAAGUUGAAUUGAUUGAAGGUGGGGAAGAGGAAGAGGAAGAAGAGUUUGAUGAAGUGAUUAUGGUAGAUGAUGAUGAAGAUGAUAUUGACCUUGGAGAUGAUGAAAGAUUGAAAUGAAGAAAUGAAGACUUUUUGGAAUUUUUAACUUUGUCUAAUCUAACUUUUGUUUUGUAUGGUCUCUUUUUGACACAAGUUACUUUACAAGUAUAGAUUAGAGUUUUGAAAAGUUUAGAACUUGUUAAGUUGUGAACCUUAUUCAUAAUGAAUGUGAAUUGCCAUACAUAUAUGUUAUGAUGUGAAUUUACAUAAAUUAUAUCAUAAAUACAUAAAUAUAAUAUAGGAUCAUAGAUCACGGUGGGGCUCGGACCCACAUCUCUUGCCGUAGAAGCGUCUUACCUAUUUAGACCACGUGAUCAUCAUGUAAAGUAACAUUUUUAUUACUUUAAAUCUAAAUAUUUCAUAUUUAUAAUAUUUAAGUGUAUAAAUAUGUUUUUUUUAUGUAAUUUAGAAAACGUAAGUGAAUCUUUACGAUUCACGAUUCGAUUCGAUUCGCGAUUCGGUACAUGGCCAUUUCGAUUCACAAUUCAAAUCUCGAUUUGACAACUAUGUGUGAACCUAGGUGAAAUAUAAUUAUAUUUCAUUAACAUUUUAUCUACCUUUUUCAUUAAUCUUUCCAAAUCCCUCAACGGCACAGUAUAAAUGGAUUUGGAUUUUCAGGUUGGAUUCGAAUUAAAUUCAACCCAUUAUAGUAUAGUAUCAUUUUGCAAUCAUAUCAUGCUAUAUUGGGCUAGAUUUGGCCAACACA